AUGGAUGCCACAAUCACGCCAGACAUUACUGCCUCGAUUUUCACCGUUUUGAAGAAAUUCGGCCAUCCAUUUAUACUUGUCGGACAAGCUGCACAUCGAUGGAUGGGCUGCGGAGGUUGUGUCGACGACGCCAUCGACCUGCUGGUGCGAGACGACCAGUUUGAGCUUAUUAUUGCAGCCUUUAUCAAUUCCGGCUACUGGGGUUUAUUCAAUCCGCGUUUCGAGAGAGCGAGCAAUAUUACUGCAUUGUCGCUUUCGAAGGUUGAGGAUCAUGAGCAACUCCGGCCUUGCGAGGGGCUCAAGGACUCUCGGCAGCCAGAGGAUGACGAGAAGCUUGAGGUCGACAUCUUUCUCAAUUACUGUUGUGAUGCCGAUCAGACCCUGCAGCUGACCGUGGAGACGACCCAGGAAUGGCCUUUCAAUUACAUCAGACUGUGGUCGGAACACACUUUUCACAUUCAAGUGAAUGGCGCUACGUUGAUUCAAAUACCCGCUUUAUAUCACGGCCGGCCACUGCUUGCAGAGAACAACUUUCAUCCGACUUCGAAUCGGGCUGAUGAAUGGCAUUUCGGACCUGAAAAACUGUCAAAUUUGGAUACUGGACAUCUUACUCUUGGCAAAGCUGACGACACGAACCUUUUCAUCCCAACCAUUCCCACAUAUCUCGAUGCUCUCGUCUACCACAUAAUCCAAUAUACCAAUACUAAAACAUCACUCGCUUUCAUCUCACAAUGGCAAAUCCGGAAUUUAACACGAUACUUGUAUCUUGAGCUGCCGGACCUGCGGAAUCAAAUAUUAUUUGAAGUUGAAGGAAGCACGGAACGAUUUCUUGAGAAUUAUUUCAACAACUACAAGAGAAAGCCCUUCUACGUCUUGAGUAAAGAAGGAGAGCUUGUGCUUGUAGAGCGCCACAGCCGAAGCUCAUAUCCGGAACUGUUUCCUGGGCAUGCUGACACGCCUCGUAGUGUAGUGUAACUAUAUUGCGAAUUCUAGACUCGUCCUGGCUCAAUGUCUGUGUAUUUUUGACACCAAAAACGAAUUGUAUUACAGCU